AUGAACAAUUUAUCUGGAACUAUACCCAACCAGAUAAGUGAUCUUACUCGACUCAUCUAUCUUGAUUUGUCGAUCAAUACAAAUCAAUUCUCGGGUGCAAUCCCGAGGGAUAUGAGAUUUUUGACAAACUUUCGAACACUCCAUUUGUUUGAUAACAAGUUGAAUGGCUCUAUCCCUGGGGAAAUAGGCCAGUUACUUGCUUUGUAUUCCAACAAUCUUGAAGGCCCUAUUCCCAUUUCUUUAGCCAAUUUCACCAACUUGACUUCUCUCUUCCUUUACGAAAUCGGCUCUCUGGUUCUAUCCCUCCAGAAAUCGGGAAUCUUCUCAACCUCGUGGAGCUUUACGCAGAUACAAACCGAUUUGCCGGCCACAUUUGGGAACCGGCUCUCCGGUUCCAUUCCCCAAGAGGUGGGGAAUCUCAGGGGCCUUUAUGAUCUGGAAUUGAGCAUGAAUUGGCUUGGCGGUCCAAUUCCGGCGGCGAUCGGGAAUCUGAGUAAAUUGGCGGUUCUGUUUCUCCGGCCGAGGAGAUAG